CCUAACCCCGAGCACCAAAGCCACUGCCGGGCGACUUGGGGGGACCUUCUGCCGCACGUCCCUGCCAUCGCUGGGGUUUCUGUUUUAUUUUCCUGGAGGGGAAAGGUGGUGGGGGGGGAACCAAAACCAACAUGGUCUCCCCGUGUCCUCUGUUCCCCUCUUCCCCCUUCCCCCUUCUGUCAUCUCAGUAGGAAUCGGCUUUUCCUUACUCUGCCCAGAGCUUUGCUUCUCCUCAGACUCUGACAAGACUCCAGGAAACCAAGAUGGAUUACAGCUCGUUCAGCGGAGUCCCGCGGUUCUUGACCCGGCCUAAGGCGUUCAUGGUGUCUGUGGGGAAGGAUGCCACCUUGAGCUGCCAGAUCAUUGGAAACCCCAUCCCAGUUGUGAGCUGGGAAAAGGAUAAACUUCCAGUCCAGUCUGGGGGAAGGUUUAAAACCACAGAAGAUGGGGAUCUCUAUCGGCUAACAAUCUACGAUCUGAGCCUGGAGGACAGUGGCCAAUAUAUCUGCCGGGCCAAGAACACCAUCGGCGAAGCUUUUGCAGCUGUCAGCAUCAAAGUUGGAGAGGAGACCACAGUAACGGAGUCAGCCCCAUACUUCAUCCAGAAACCCUCCUCCAUCAAAGUAACAUUGGGAGAAGACGCCAUGUUCAAAUGCAAAGUCCAGGGCAGCCCUCCCCUCUCGGUGAACUGGGAGAAGGAUGGGAGACACCUGCGGAACCGGACUGAUGCUGGACGCUUCCAGAUAGAGUCUGCCGGGGAGUCAAACGCUCUCACCAUCCAGUGUGCCCGGCUCGGGGACAGCGGCACCUACACCUGCCGGGCAGAGAAUCCCAUCGGCUCUGCCAGCGCUUCAGCCGCGCUGGUGGUGGAAACGCAGGGCUUUUCCAACCCGGGCAGCAGCAGCCAUUUCGAUACCAGCUGCGGCAAGACGGCAUCCUUGUUGUCUCACUUGCAAAAGAGGCGGGAGGAGAUCAGGAAGAUGGACAUCUCCCAUGGGGCUCUUGAUUCAACGUCUGCCCAGUCUUACUCCAUGGCAGAAGGGUUGUCCGGCAUCAGCUACAGCCUCUCCCGGGAUUAUGAGAGAGCGGCUGGACUUACCACCAAAGGGGCCCGCAACGCGACUUUCGGGGCAUUGACACGCACGUGCAGCGUGACGGAGGGGAAGCACGCCAAGCUGAGUUGCUACGUGACGGGUGAGCCCAAGCCAGAGAUUGUGUGGAAGAAGGACAAUGAGGUCAUUUUGGAAGGGCGGCGGCAUGUCAUCUAUGAGGAUGAUCAGGAGAACUUUGUGCUGAAGAUCCUCUUCUGCAAGCAGAUAGACAACGGGCUGUACACCUGCACGGCCUCCAACCUGGCAGGCCAGACGUACAGCUCCGUGCUCGUCACCGUCAAAGAACCCUCAAUACCCUUCAAGGAAAAACUGAAGGAUCUUGAAGUGAGGGAGAAGGAAUCUGCCACCUUCCAAUGUGAAGUGCCUGUUCCUAGUACAGAGACAGCUUGGUACAAGGAGGAAACCAAGCUCCGGCAGAGCAAGAAGUACAACAUCGAAGAAGAGGGCACGUAUCGCCGGCUCACUGUCCAGAACGUCACCACAGAUGAUGAUGCUGUCUAUAUCUGUGAGAUGAAAGAAGGGAGCAGGACCAUCGCGGAGUUGUCUGUCCAAGGGAACAUCAUUAAAAAACUUCCACGAAAGACUGCGGUGUUCAUAAACGAUACAGCCAUCUUCUGUGUGGAGCUGGACAAUGAAUGCCAGAACAUCCAAUGGCUGAAAAAUAAACAAGAAGUGAAACCCAGUGAUCGAAUCUCCAUCACGUGCUCCGGCAAGCAACAUACCAUGAUCAUCCGAGAGUGUAAGAUGGAAGAUGCUGGUGAGAUUGCCUUCCUGGCUGAUGAAAGCAGGACGUCUACCCAGUUCACUGUGACCACUCCUAAAAACCCUCCCACCCAACCCCCAGCCGACCCUGUGGUGAAAAAUAAAACAGAAACCUCAGUGAUGCUAGCAUGGUCCCCUCCAAAGAUGGACCGCCCCAUUCCAAUCGAUGGCUACGUUGUGGAACGCAAGAAACUAACUGGCUUUGCCUGGGUGAGGUGCCAUGAGUCUCAUGUCCCUGCCCCAGAGUUCACGGUGAGCAACCUGUCGGAAGAGGCUGACUAUCAGUUCAGGGUGUCUGCAGUCAACGCCUACGGACAGAGCCCCUACCUGGAGUUCCCAGGGAGCGUGCACCUCGAACCAGUCCCAGCUGUGAAAACCCCCCUGACAACUGUUGAAGCUGUACCUGGAGGGGACGCUCUGUUUACCAUUGACCUCACGACGACAUGUUCCGGCACUUGGUACCUUAAUGGUAAAGCCUUACAGGAAAGUGAGACCUACAUCAUUAAGAGAACCCAAACUACUCAUACCCUAAUCGUAAAGAAUGUCAUCAAGAAUGAUGAUGGAGCAGAAGUGAAAUUUGUUGCCAAUAAUGUUGACACCAGCACCAAGAUGAGAGUGAAAGGUGCUGCAGUGAGAUUUACCAACAAGAGCAGAGAUAUAGAAAAGGUCUCCGCUCGGCUGCGGGAGGAGGCCAAACUUCAGGCUGAGCUUUCGGACACAGAGGCUACUGUGAAGUGGAUGAAGGAUGGGAAAGAGCUCAAGGCCAGUGAAAAAUAUGAGCUUCAAACUGUGGGGAAGAGGCACAUCCUGAAAAUUCGCAACACUGCAGCAGAGGAUGCUGGAGUUUAUGAGUGCAUUUGUGAAGGGGAUAAAAUGCUCUAUCAGCUUUCAGUGAAAGCACUUGCAAGCUUCAUAAACAAAGAGAAAACCGGAGGAGUUAUCAGGGCUGUCUCUGGAAAACAGGCUGAAUUUGUUUCUGAGACCUCUGAGGCCAACAUCAUGGUUAAGUGGUACAAAGAUGGCAAAGAAAUCACAGCCAGCAAGAAAUUCACCAUGGAAGAUAAAGGAAAACUGCAUAAGCUUGUGGCUUCAGCUGUGACGAAAGAAGAUGAAGGAACAUACACAUGCAAAAUUGGAGAUGACACUCUUAUUUUCGAUUUAAAAGUCUCAGAUGAAGCUGUUAAUUUUGUCAACAAGCCCAAAACAACUCCAGAAAUAUCAGUCAGUCCUUCUGAAAACCUUGAGCUGGUGUGUGAGGUGUCAGCUGCCAGCGGAGCCGUGGUAUGGAAGAAGGAUCAAACUGAGGUGAAGCAGGACCAGAGGACAACAGUCAUCUCCCAGGGGACACAUCGCAAGCUCAUCAUCAAGAAGGUGACACAGCAAGACCAAGGGAGCUAUACCUGUGAAACAAAGGAUGACAGAACAACAUUCCAAGUCAAAGUCAGAGAGACAGAAGACGUGUUUACAAACAAGGACAAGGUACAAAAGGAGGUGAAGGCUGUACUGACACAAAACACCACGCUGAGCUGCGAGGUGGCCCAGGAGAAGACCGAUGUGAAAUGGUACAAGGAGGGAAAACUGAUCACCUCGAGCAAGAAGUUCAAGGUGGAGUCGGAGGGCAAAUCGCGUCGUCUGGUGGUAGGCCAGGUGGAGAAGAAAGAUGCUGGGGAGUACACCUGCGAGGCUGCUGGCCAGAAACUGACCUUCAAGAUUGUCGUCACAGAGGCAGAAGAUGCAUUUGUCAACAAGGAGAAGGUGCAGAAAGAGGUGAAAGCUGCACUAUCAGAAAACGCCACGCUGAGCUGCGAGGUGGCCCAGGAGAAGACCGAUGUGAAAUGGUACAAGGAGGGGAAACUGAUCACCUCGAGCAAGAAGUUCAAGGUGGAGUCGGAGGGCAAAUCGCGUCGUCUGGUGGUGGGCCAGGUGGAGAAGAAAGAUGCUGGGGAGUACACCUGCGAGGCUGCUGGCCAGAAACUGACCUUCAAGCUUGACGUCACAGAGCCAGAAGUUGUGUUUACAAACAAGGAGAAGGUGCAGAAAGAGAUGAAAGCUGCACUAUCAGAAAACGCCACGCUGAGCUGCGAGGUGGCCCAGGAGAAGACCGAUGUGAAAUGGUACAAGGAGGGGAAACUGAUCACCUCGAGCAAGAAGUUCAAGGUGGAGUCGGAGGGCAAAUCGCGUCGUCUGGUGGUGGGCCAGGUGGAGAAGAAAGAUGCUGGGGAGUACACCUGCGAGGCUGCUGGCCAGAAACUGACCUUCAAGCUUGACGUCACAGAGGCAGAAGAUGCAUUUGUCAACAAAGAGAAGGUGCAGAAAGAGGUGAAAGCUGCACUAUCAGAAAACGCCACGCUGAGCUGCGAGGUGGCCCAGGAGAAGACCGAUGUGAAAUGGUACAAGGAGGGGAAACUGAUCACCUCGAGCAAGAAGUUCAAGGUGGAGUCGGAGGGCAAAUCGCGUCGUCUGGUGGUGGGCCAGGUGGAGAAGAAAGAUGCUGGGGAGUACACCUGCGAGGCUGCUGGCCAGAAACUGACCUUCAAGCUUGUCGUCACAGAAGCAGAGGAUGCAUUUAUGAACAAGGAGAAGGUGCAGAAAGAGGUGAAAGCUGCACUAUCAGAAAACGCCACGCUGAGCUGCGAGGUGGCCCAGGAGAAGACCGAUGUGAAAUGGUACAAGGAGGGGAAACUGAUCACCUCGAGCAAGAAGUUCAAGGUGGAGUCGGAGGGCAAAUCGCGUUGUCUGGUGGUGGGCCAGGUGGAGAAGAAAGAUGCUGGGGAGUACACCUGCGAGGCUGCUGGCCAGAAACUGACCUUCAAGAUUGAUGUCACAGAGCCAGAAGUUGUGUUUACAAACAAGGAGAAGGUGCAGAAAGAGAUGAAAGCUGCACUAUCAGAAAACGCCACGCUGAGCUGCGAGGUGGCCCAGGAGAAGACCGAUGUGAAAUGGUACAAGGAGGGGAAACUGAUCACCUCGAGCAAGAAGUUCAAGGUGGAGUCGGAGGGCAAAUCGCGUUGUCUGGUGGUGGGCCAGGUAGAGAAGAAAGAUGCUGGGGAGUACACCUGCGAGGCUGCUGGCCAGAAACUGACCUUCAAGAUUGUCGUCACAGAUGAUGUGUUUGAACACAAAGACAAAGUGCAAAAGGAGGUCAAGGCAGUGCUGAAGGAGAGCACCACGCUGAGCUGCGAGGUGGCCCAGGAGAAGACCGAUGUAAAAUGGUACAAGGAGGGGAAACUGAUCACCUCGAGCAAGAAGUUCAAGGUGGAGUCGGAGGGCAAAUCGCGUCGUCUGGUGGUGGGCCAGGUGGAGAAGAAAGAUGCUGGGGAGUACACCUGCGAGGCUGCUGGCCAGAAACUGACCUUCAAGAUUGAUGUCACAGAGGCAGAAGAUGCUUUCAUCAACAAGGAGAAGGUGCAGAAAGAGGUGAAAGCUGCACUAUCAGAAAACGCCACGCUGAGCUGCGAGGUGGCCCAGGAGAAGACCGAUGUGAAAUGGUACAAGGAGGGGAAACUGAUCACCUCGAGCAAGAAGUUCAAGGUGGAGUCAGAGGGCAAAUCGCGUCGUCUGGUGGUGGGCCAGGUGGAGAAGAAAGAUGCUGGGGAGUACACCUGCGAGGCUGCUGGCCAGAAACUGACCUUCAAGCUUGACGUCACAGAGCCAGAAGUUGUGUUUACAAACAAGGAGAAGGUGCAGAAAGAGGUGAAAGCUGCACUAUCAGAAAACGCCACGCUGAGCUGCGAGCCAGAAGUUGUGUUUACAAACAAGGAGAAGGUGCAGAAAGAGGUGAAAGCUGCACUAUCAGAAAACGCCACGCUGAGCUGCGAGGUGGCCCAGGAGAAGACCGAUGUGAACUGGUACAAGGAGGGGAAACUGAUCACCUCGAGCAAGAAGUUCAAGGUGGAGUCGGAGGGCAAAUCGCGUCGUCUGGUGGUGGGCCAGGUGGAGAAGAAAGAUGCUGGGGAGUACACCUGCGAGGCUGCUGGCCAGAAACUGACCUUCAAGAUUGAUGUCACAGAGCCAGAAGUUGUGUUUACAAACAAGGAGAAGGUGCAGAAAGAGGUGAAAGCUGCACUAUCAGAAAACGCCACGCUGAGCUGCGAGGUGGCCCAGGAGAAGACCGAUGUGAAAUGGUACAAGGAGGGGAAACUGAUCACCUCGAGCAAGAAGUUCAAGGUGGAGUCGGAGGGCAAAUCGCGUCGUCUGGUGGUGGGCCAGGUGGAGAAGAAAGAUGCUGGGGAGUACACCUGCGAGGCUGCUGGCCAGAAACUGACCUUCAAGCUUGACGUCACGGAGCCAAAGCCUGCAUUUAUAAACCAGGAAAACGUCCAGAAGGAGGUGAACGCUGUCCUGACAGAAAGUGCCACCCUCAGCUGUGAGGUAGCACAGGACGCAACCGAAGUGAAAUGGUACAAGGAUGGAAGACUGCUCAUUUCCUCUAGAAAAUUCAAAAUAGAAACUGUGGGCAAAACCCGACGCCUGGUUAUAGAGCAGCUGGAGAAGAAAGAUGCUGGGGAGUACAUCUGCGAGGCUGCAGGCCAGAAACUGACCUUCAAGUUGGAAGCAUCUGAACCAGAGGCUAAAUUUGAAAAGAAACUUGUCCAGAAUGAGCCUCUCAUUGUUCAAGAACAUGAAAGCAUCACACUGACUACUUCAGUAACGCUUGAAACUGCUGCAGUAAAGUGGUUCAAGGAUGGAACAGAAAUCAAGGCGAGCAAGAAAUAUGAGAUCAAGAGUGAGGGGGCGUCCAGGACCCUGACGGUGAACCUGGCUGAGAGCAAAGACACUGCUGUGUACACUUGCCAAACAAAGAGUGACAAGCAGGAAUUCAAAGUACAGGUGAAAGAAAUCCCAGUGAAGUUUGCCAAAAAACUUGAAGCUGUUAAUGCUGAGAUUGGAGGUAGUGUCUCUUUGACCUGUGAUGUGAGCCAUGCUAAAGGGAAGGUGGUGUGGCUCAGGAACGGAGUUCAGAUCAAGCCCAGCAAGCGUUUCCAGAUUCGUGAGGAAGGGGUCAAGCGAACACUGACAAUAACAGGGAUCCGGGCUGAGGAUGAGGGAGAGUACUCCUGCGAGUCCAGAGAUGACAAAAGCAGCGUUACCAUCACCCCCAAAGCUCCCAGAGUGGUGAAGUUCGUUACGAGUCUCAACAGUGUGGUCUCUGAGGAAGGAAAAGAGGCUGUGUUCAAGUGCACCGUCUCUCCCAGUGACGCCGUGGUCACUUGGCUCAGGAAUGGUGUCAAGAUUGAAGCCAGCAAGAAGUAUGUGAUCUCCCAGAAGGACACCAACCACAGCCUCACCAUCACUGAUCUGACGCUGGAAGAUGCAGCUGAAAUCUCUGCCAAUGCUGAGGGAGUAGAAAGCACAGCCAAUCUCAGAGUCCGAGAGGCCUCAAUCUCAUUCAAGAAGAAACUGGAGCCCAGAACAGUUGAAGAGAGGGACACAGUGACCUUGGAGGUAGAGCUGACCAAGCCUGCAGAGGUGAAGUGGAUGAGGAACAGCAUCGUAUUGAAGCCCAGUGAAAAAAUAGAGAUCAAAGCUGAGGGAACAAAGCAUACCUUGGUCGUUAAGGACAUCUCCUUUGCAGACAGGGGCUUCUACUGCUGUGAGAGUCCUGAUGACAAGACCCAAGCCAAGAUCAAUGUGGAAAUGAGGCAGAUCAAGCUGGUGAAAGGUCUUCAGCCCCUUGAAGUCUCUGAGAAAGGGACCGUCACCUUCGAGGUGGAGGUGUCGCAUGAGGAUGUGGAAGGGACCUGGCAGAAGGAUGGCGUUCGGCUGAAACCUUCACCAAAUAUCAGUAUUGGCGUCCUGGGGAAGAAACAUUCACUGACUCUUUCUUCGGUGACUCUUGAAGAUGCAGGACUCAUCUCCUUCAAAGCAGAUGGCAUUCAUUCAUCAGGGAGGCUCACUGUGACAGAAUUGCCUGUGAGAAUCAGCAAACCUUUGGCAGAUGUCAGUGUAACUCAGAAGGACAAGGUCACAUUCGAGUGUGAGCUGUCCAGGCCCAACGUGGAUGUUAAGUGGUUCAAGGAUGGGAAGGAGCUCCAGCAAAGUAAAAAGGUGGGGAUUAUUUCCCAGGGAAAUAAGAGAAGCCUCAUUAUUCACAAAUGUGAAUAUGAAGACCAGGGAACGUAUACAUGUGAAGCAGCUGCAGACAAGACAUCAGCUACCCUAAAGGUUCAUGCCCGAGAUAUCAAUAUUGUUAAACCACUGGAAGAUGUGGAAGUGAAUGAAUACGAGAGUGCGUCUUUCGUCUGUGAGAUUUCACAUGAUGAGGUCCAAACCCAAUGGUACAAAAACGACAACAAGCUGAAGGCUGCCGACAAUAUUAGAAUGCGUCAAGAUGGAAAAACGUAUUCGCUGACUUACCUGCGCGUCCAAGUUGAAGAUGCAGCAGAGAUCAAAUUUGUAGCAGAAAAGGCAGAAUCUCGUGCCCAGCUUACUGUAAAAGAGCUGCCUGUAAAAAUUGUGAAGCCUUUGCGAGAUAAGAUUGCUCUUGAAAAGCAUCGGGGAUUCCUGGAGUGCCAGGUGUCUCGUGCCAGUGCCAAAGUUAAAUGGUAUAAAAAGGACGUUGAAAUUCACCCUAGUGACAAAUACGAAAUUGUGAGCGAAGGUGUUUAUCGGAAACUCAUCAUCAACGAUGCAGAUUAUGAAGAUGAGGACACGUACACUUGUGAUGCCUUUGAUGACAAAAGCAGCGCUAAUUUCUUUGUUGAAGAGCAAUCCAUUAAUAUUGUAAAGGAGUUGUGUGAUGAGGAUGUGACUGAGCCUGAAGAAGCCAAGUUUGAAUGCGAGAUAUCCAUUCCAUCCGUGAAACCCCCCAAAUGGUCUCUACGUGGAGAAGUCUUACAGGCUGGCAGAAACAUUAUCAUGCAGCAAGAAGGCACGAUCCACCGUCUGACAAUACUGAAAACCAGUGCUGAUAUGACAGGCACCAUUCAGUUCUCCAUUGGCAAAUCAAAAUCCACAGCAAACCUGCUUGUCAGAGAUUACCACAUACAGAUCACCAGGAAGAUGGAGGACAAGACAGCUCUGGAGCGCCAUUCAGUCAUCCUGUCCUGCGACUUCAGGCCUUCUCCAAAGGUUGUGAAGUGGUUCAAGGGCCACACACCCAUCGAGCCCUCUGAGAAGUACAAAAUCAAGAGGGAGCAGCAUUCGGCAGAGCUCAAGAUUUUGAAGGUGAAGCCCGAAGAUGCUGGCGUGUACAAGUGUAGGGCUGGAAAUGCCGAGACCGAAGCCACGCUGACCGUUGAAGCCCGCAAUGUAGAAGUACUCAAACACCUGCAGGAUGUGGAAAUUGAAGAAGAGAGUUCUGCUGUCUUCUCCUGUGAGCUGUCUCACGACGACGAGGAUGUGGAAUGGUUCCUCAACGGCACCCUCCUUUACACCAACAAUUUCAAUGACAUCAGGAACAUUGGCAAUUGCUACACGCUGACGAUGAAGCAGGUCAAGCCUGAGGAUGCUGGCACAGUGACAAUGAAGUCAGACAAGGUGUCAGAGACCGUGCGUCUGAAGGUGAUAGAGAAGCCUGCUGUCUUCAUGAAGUCCUUGGACGAUGUUUUCGGUGAGGAGCGAGGUGUGAUUAAACUGGAAUGUGAAGUCUCCAAAGAGAAGGUCAAACCUGUUUGGAAAAAGGAUGGUGUGAAGCUCGCUUCUGGUAACAAGUAUGAGCAAAUACAGUCUGGGAAGACCCUGUGCCUCCUUAUCCAUGACCUUGAAAAGACAGAUGCAGGUUUAUACACAUGUGAUAUUGGCACUGAUGUUGCCAAGUCAAAGGUCAGCGUUCAGGAACUGAACAUUGGCAUCACCAAACGGCUGAAGAACACUGAAAUCCAGGAGGGAGAAGAUUGCACUUUUGAGUGUAUUUUGUCCCAUGAAAGCAUUGACGACUUCAACUGGACGCUGAACGGGAGCAAAGUGGAAAGUGGUGGGCGAUUUAAAGCCUCUAACAUGGGUCGGAAAUAUGUGCUCAAUAUCAAAAGCGUGAUUCCUGAUGAUGCUGGGGAAGUCAUUUUCACUGCCCGUGGUCUAACCUCCAAGGCUUCUCUGAUUGUGAAAGAAAAACCUACUGAGGUUACAAAACAGCUGGAGGAUAAAACAUCAGCAGUGGGGCAGGACAUCAGCCUGAGCUGUGAAUUGUCGAAACCUGAUGUGAGCAUCAGGUGGUACAAGGAUGGCAAAGCGAUCCGAAAAAGCCAGAAAUAUGACUUGCACCAGGAGGGAACGCGGGCCAUUCUGAUCAUCCAUGACUCCACGAUCAAGGACAGUGGGGAGUACACCUGUGAGACAGAAGUCUCUAAAACGAAAGCCAGGGUCACAGUGCAAGAAAAACCUAAUUAUUUUGUCAAGGAACUUUCAGAUCUGAAAGUUGAUGAAAGUGGAACUGCAGUUUUUAUGUGCCAGAGUGAGAAAGCUGCAUCCUCUGUGGUCUGGAGGAAAGGCAUAGCUGAACUCAGGGCUAGCAAGAAAUACGAGAUCACACAGAAAGGACAAGUCCUGCAGCUGACCAUAAAUAACUUGGAGAAAAGUGACAGUGACACUUACACCUGCGACAUUGGUGACGCCCAGUCCAGAGCCAAGCUAGUCGUGCAAGGCCAGAAAGUGCUAAUAACAGAAGACCUGGAAGAUGUCACUGUGUUAGAAGGAGAAUCUGCCAUGUUCAAAUGCAGAAUAUCUCCUGUAGACUGUAGCAAAGUGCAGUGGUUUUUGGAUAAAACCCCACUCCAUACCAAUGAACUUAAUGAGAUCCAGUCUCAGCCUGGUGGAUAUCACUUGCUAACGUUGAAAAAACUCUCACUGAAGGACUCGGGGGUCAUUACAUUUGAAGCUGGUGAUAAGAAAACCUCUGCCAGUUUGAUUGUUAAAGAGAAGCCCUGCAUCUUCACAAAGGAGCUGGUUGAUACUGAAGUCACUGCAGGAGAGGAUGUGAUCCUUCACUGUGAAACCUCCAAAUCAGACAGCCCUGUAAAGUGGUGCAAAGACGGGAAGAGCCUUAGGAAUUCUUCCAAGUAUAACAUCAGCCGGUCGGGAUUUGAAGCCAAGCUUGUCAUUCACAGGGCAGAAGAAAGAGACAGUGGCAGAUAUGAGUGUGAGGCUGGAGCAGCUAAAAGUAGCGCGGUUAUUACUGUCAAGGAAAUAGCAGUUCUUUUCAAGCAAGAGCUCCAAAAUGAAGAAGCUAAAGAAGGAAAACAAGUCAAGCUGACCUGUGAGCUCAGCAAACCUGAUACCCCGGUGAAAUGGAUGAAAGGAGACACUGUUCUCUAUGCCAGCGAGAAGUAUGAAUUUAAGCAGCGUGGUACUGUGGCGGAGCUCAUUAUUCGAGAUGUCAAAUCAAUAGACUCUGGGGAAUACACCUGCAGCACUGGGGAACUGAAGACCACUGCUCGGGUGAAAGUAAACGCUGUGCCUGUCCUUUUCAAACAAGCCCUGGAGAACACGGAGACGGAAGAGGGGAAAUCUGUCUCCUUGCGCUGCGAACUCACAAAAGCUGAUGCCACCGUGGUGUGGAAGAAGGGAGAAGCCACACUCCAGGCAAGUGCCAAAUAUGAAAUGAAGCAGAAGGGGACAGUGGCAGAGCUGGUGAUUCAUAAUGCAGAGCCAGAAGAUGCGGGAAGAUACAUCUGUGACACUGGAGACCAGCAGACCACAGCCCAAGUCAAAAUCCAUGCCAUCUCUGUGCUCAUCAAAGAAGAGCUGAAGAGCGUGGAAGCUGUGGAAGGUGGGACCGCCACCCUGCGAUGCCAGCUGAGCAGAGAGGCCCCCGUGGAGUGGAGGAAGGGGCACACUCUUCUCCGGCCGAGUAACAAGUACAGGAUGAGACAGGAGGGCACGGUGGCUGAGCUGCUGAUCCACGAUCUGGACCCAAAGGAUGCCGGAGACUAUACAUGCGUGGUGGGGAACGAAAAAAGCACAGCAGCCUUGUCAGUGAAUGCCCUGCCAGUCCGUUUCAAAAAAGAGCUGAAGAACGAGGAAGCCACCGAGAGCGGGACGGCCACGCUGCAGUGCGAGCUGAGCCAGGCGGUGGGCUCGGUCGAGUGGAGGAAGGAUGGGAAGGUGCUGAUGCCAAACGGCAAAUACAAAAUGAGACGGGAAGGGCGUUUUGUUGAGCUGGUUAUCCAAGACCUAGACUUGACGGAUGCUGGGAGCUAUACCUGCGUGUGUGGAGACCAGAAGACAACAGCUGCCUUGAGAGUGAAUGCCUUGCCUAUCCUCUUCCAAGAAGAAAUGUUGAACAAGGAAGCUACAGAGGGGGAGGAGGUCACUUUGUGCUGUAAACUGAGCAAAUCGGCCCCGGUCGAGUGGAGAAAGGGGAAUGUGGUCCUCAAGCCAAGUGAAAAAUACAAAAUAGAGCAGGAAGGUCCCUUUGCGGAGCUGAUGAUCCGGGAUUUGGAUUUGGCAGACGCUGGUGAUUACAGCUGUGUGUGUGGAGAUCAACAGACUACGGCCGCUUUGACAGUAAAUGUCCUGCCUGCUCUUUUCACCAAAGAACUGACAGAUGAAGAAGGCACAGAGGGUAAAAGUGUCUCUCUGCACUGUGAGCUGAACAAGGCUGCUGCUAAUGUGGAGUGGAAGAAGGGCUUCAAGACCCUCAAAGCAAGUGACAAGUAUAAAAUGAAACAUGAAGGUGUCGUUGCUGAGCUUAUAAUCCAAAAUCUAGACACGACGGAUGCUGGAAAUUACUCCUGUGUGUGCGGAGACCGGCAGACUAUGGCAGUUUUAACAGUACAUGCUUUGCCUGCGUUUUUCAAAGAAGGAUUGAAGAACAGAGAAGCCACAGAUGGUGCAACAGCCACUCUGCACUGCGAGCUGAGCAAGGUCGGUGUCCCAGUGGAGUGGAAGAAAGGGGACAAGACACUCAAACCGAGUGAUAAGUAUAGGAUGAGACAAGAAGAUACCGCUGCAAAGCUGUUGAUCCGAGAUCUGGAGGUAGAAGAUACAGGAGAAUAUACCUGUGUGUGUGGAGAUCAGAAGACCUCGGCUGUCUUGACAGUCCAUGCUUUGCCUGCACUGUUCAAAAAAGAACUUGUCAGUAUGGAAGCCACAGAAAACGGGACAGCUCUUCUGCAGUGUGAGCUAACUAAACCCACUCCGGUGGAGUGGAGAAAAGGGCAAAAGGUGCUGAAGCCUAGUGAGAAGUACAAAAUGAGACUGAAGGAUACCACUGCUGAGCUGACAAUCCAUAGCCUGGAGGAGCAAGAUGCGGGCGAUUACACAUGCGUGUGCGGAGACAAGAUGACUACUGCAUCCCUGACAGUGCAUGCCCUUCCUCCGCAUUUUAAAAAAGAGUUGAAGAGCGUGGAAGCCACAGAAAAUGGCACGGCCACUUUCUGCUGCGAGCUGAACAAGCCAGCAGCUGCCGUGGAAUGGAGGAAAGGAGAGAGAGCCCUGGAGCCAAACGACAAGUUCUCCAUGAGCUGCGAGGGCACAACUGCUGAGCUGGUGAUCCGUGAUUUAGAUCUGACGGAUGCGGGAGACUACACAUGCUGUUACGGAGAUCAGAAAACCACUGCUGCGCUAACAGUGAAUGCCUUGCCUGCACACUUCAAGAAAGAGAUGAAGAAUGAAGAAGCCACAGAAGGUGGAACAGCCACGCUACAAUGUGAGCUAUCUAGGGCUGCCUCUGUGGAGUGGAAAAAGAAACACAAAGUGCUGAAAUUGAGCGAAAAAUAUACUAUGAGACAGGAAGGUACUACAGCCCAACUGCUGAUCCAUGCUUUAGAAGUCAAGGAUGCUGGGGAGUACACCUGUGUGUGUGGAGAUCAGAAGACUACUGCGGCACUGACAGUGCAUGCCCUUCCUGCUCUCUUCAAAGAAGAGUUAAGAAAUGAGGAAGCCACGGAGGGUGAAGUAGUCACUCUGCGCUGUGAGCUGACCAAGACCGCUUCAGUGGAGUGGAAAAAAGGACACACAGUACUCAAACCUAGCGAGAAAUACAAAAUGAGGCAGAAGGAUGUCACUGCAGAACUGGUGAUCCAUAAUCUAAAUGAGAAUGAUGCUGGUGAUUAUACCUGUGUGUGCGGGGAUAAGCAGUCCACAGCUUCCUUAGCAGUACAUGCCCUGCCUGCACGCAUCAAGGAAAGCCUGAAGGAUGAGGAGGUAACAGAAGGUCAAGCAGCCACCCUGCGCUGUGAGCUGACCAAGAUUGCUCAAGUAGAGUGGAGAAAGGGAAGCAGUUUGCUCAAAGUCAGCGACAAAUACAAAAUGAGACAGGAGGGCAUGGUCAUGAAGCUGCUUAUCCGUGGCGUAGAAUUGAAAGAUGCUGGAGAAUACACUUGUGUGUGUGGAGAACAGGAGACAACAGCUGCCUUGAUAGUGCAUGCCCUGCCUGCACUUUUCAAAGAAGAACUGAAGGACCUGCAAGCCAUGGAAAGCCAAACAGCCACUCUGCGCUGUGCGCUGACCAAGGCUGCAGCUGUGUCAUGGAAGAAAGGAAACAAAAUACUCAGGGCAAGCGAAAAAUACAUCAUGCGGCAGGAUGAUGCCCUUGCUGAGCUGGAAAUUUGUGAUCUAGAGCUGCAGGAUGCAGGGGAUUACACCUGUGUGUGUGGAGAUCAACACACCACGGCUUCUCUGACAGUGAAUGCCCUGCCAGUGCUUUUCAAGGAAGAACUGAAGAAUGAAGAAGUCCUAGAAGGAGCAUCAGUCUCUCUGCGUUGUGAAUUAACCAAAGCAGCUCCAGUGCAGUGGAAAAUAGGGUCCAAAGUGCUCAAAGCAAGUGACAAAUAUCAAAUGAGACAGCCUGGCACCACUGCAGAGCUGAUCAUUCAUGACCUAGAAGUAAAAGACGCUGGAGAUUACAUGUGUGUUUGUGGUGACCAGAAGACAACAGCAACCUUAACAGUUCAUGCUGUGCCUCCGUUUUUCCAAGAAGAAAUGACCAGCAAGGAAGCAGUAGAAGGUGGAACAGCAACUUUGCACUGUGAGCUCAGCAAGGCAUCUGCCCAUGUUCAGUGGAAGAAGGGCCAUCAUGUCCUCACCUCGGACAACAAGUACAGCAUGAGACAGGAAGGCUGUGUUCUGGAGCUGGUAGUCCACGAUUUAGGCUUGAAUGAUACUGGAGAUUAUACCUGUGUGUGUGGAGACAAGACCACCACAGCUGCCUUAACAGUGCAUGCACUGCCUCCGGAAUUCAAAAAAGACCUGAAGGACCUAGAAGCUGUAGAAAGUGGGACAGCUGCUCUGCACUGUGAGCUGACUAAACCUGCUGUGGUGGAGUGGAAGAAGGGGCAGGAGGUGCUCAAGGCAAGCAGCAAAUACAAAAUGAGUCAAGAUGGUACUGUUGCAAAGCUGACUAUCCAUGGGCUGGAUGUGGAUGACACUGGAGAUUACACCUGCGAGUGUGGAGAUCAGCAGACAACUGCCACUUUGACAGUCAACGCCCUACCAGCACUUUUUAAACAAGAGCUUCAGAACACCGAGGCAGAAGAAGGUGGUACAGCAACACUGAGGUGUGAGCUUACCAAACUCAAUGCUCCUGUAGAGUGGAGGAAAGGAGACACUACUCUCUACCCUGGUUUGAAAUAUGAGAUGAAGCAGCAGGGCACCACUGCUGAAUUGGUCAUUUAUGACUUAGAGCUGGAUGAUUCAGGAGAGUACACCUGCGACUCUGGACAUCAGCAGACAAUGGCGGUGGUAACCGUACAUGCACUGCCUGUCACAUUUAAGCAACCCCUUCAAAAUAAGGAAUUAGAGGAAGGAAGUACAGCUACAUUGUGCUGUGAGCUUUCGAAACCCAAUGCUGCAGUGGAAUGGAAGAAAGGAGGAGUGGGGCUGCAGCCCAGCGAGAAGUAUGAAAUGAGGCAGAGGGAAUGCCGGGUAGAGCUCUUAAUACAUAAUCUCAGAUUAGAAGAUACAGGACAAUACAGCUGUGAUACUGGGGGUCAGGAAACCAAGGCAUCUUUAAAUGUGAAAGCUCUGCCAGUUCUUUUCAAAAAGGAGCUCAAGGACAAGGAGGUGGAAGAAGGAGCUGCAGUGAAAUUCCAGUGUGAACUGACAAAGGAUAAUGCAACAGUGGAGUGGAGGAAAGGCACCAUGGAGCUCUUCCCGUGUGCCAAAUACGAAAUUAAAUUAAGUGGUCGCACAGCUGAACUUGUGAUUCAUAAUGUAGAACCAGAAGAUGCCUCUGAUUACACAUGUGAUACAGGAGACCAGCAGAGCACAGCAGUCCUCAGAGUGAAUGCCAUCAAACCCCGGCUGAAGCAGCAGCUGAAGAAUGAAGAAGUGGAAGUGGGAGGAACGGCCAGGCUGCGCUGUGAGAUUUCCAUUAGCAAAGCAGAAGUGGAGUGGAGGAAAGAUGGAGUCGUCCUUCACUCAAGCUCCAAGUACGAAAUGUGGCAGGACGGCACCCUCCGCGAGCUGCGUGUUCACUGCCUGGAGCCUACCGAUGCUGGAGAGUAUUCCUGCAAGGCUGGAGAUGAGACGAGCUCUGCAAAACUGACCGUGAAAGAGCCUGACGUGACCAUCGUGAGUGGCCUAAAGGACAUGGAGGUGUUUGAGGGGGACGAUGUCACGUUUCGGUGCCAGGUUUCUCAUGAGAAUGCAAGGGACGUUGAAUGGAAGCUACAGGAUGUUGCUCUGCAAAAUAAUGAAAUGAAUGAGAUCUCAGUGGAAAAAGGAAAGAUUCACACCCUGACAUUAAGGAAGGUGACCGAGCAGGACAUUGGCACCAUCACUUUCCGAGUGGGACCCCACAUGUCGACGGCAGAGCUCACAGUAAAAGUGCCACCUCCAGUCUUUAAGGAGAAAUUACAGAGCACAGAACUGCAGGAAGAAGAAACAGCCAUCCUCCGCUGCGAGGUCUCCCAGCCUCAUGUUGCGGUGGAGUGGAAGAAGGGCGCCCAGGUGAUUUCCCCGAGCUCCAAGUAUGAAAUCAGGCAGGAGGGAACAAGCCACACCUUAAAGAUUUAUCAUGUUAAACCAGAAGACUCUGGCAAAUACACCUGUGAUAAUGGAAGCGAACAAACGACAGCCACUUUAACUGUUAAAGCUUUGCCAGUAAUCUUCACAAAACCACUCCAGAACCAGCAAGCCGAAGAAGGUGGCACCAUCACUUUGAGCUGUGAAAUCUCAAAAUCAAAUGCCGCUGUGCAGUGGAAGAAGGCCGGGACAGUGCUGCGACCAAGUGAUAAAUACAAGAUGCACCAAGCUGGGUCCGUGGCUGAGCUGAUGAUUUGCAACCUGAGUGAAGCUGAUGCUGGGGAAUACACGUGCGACACAGGGGACCGGCAAACCACUGCAGCUCUGCUCGUGAAAGAACCAGCAGCAACCAUAGUGGAGACACUGAAGGACGUAACUUCGUAUGAAGGAGAAGAUGCAGUGUUUGAAUGCAGGCUGUCCCGGGAAACAACUCAGGAUGCCCAGUGGUUCCUGGGGGAUGUUCCCCUUCAAUCCAAUGAAAUGAAUGAGAUCAGAGUCCAAGGGACGCAUCACACACUGAUCCUGAGGAAGGUGACACUAGAAGACUGCGGGCCCAUCAGUUUCAAAGUCGGGCAGCAUACCUCAGCAGCACAGCUAAUGGUCCAAGUUGCUCCGGUCACCUUUGUAAAGGCUCUCCACAGCUUGGAGCUGCAGGAGGGUGGCACGGCUCACUUGUCCUGUGAGGUGUCCAAGCCCGAUGUGCCAGUGGAAUGGAAGAAAGGCACGUCCGUGAUCUGCUCCAGCCAGAAGUGCAGCAUCAAGCAGGAGGGGAACGUGCACACGCUGGUCAUUCACGAUUUGAACCGUGCGGACUCAGGGGAGUAUAGCUGCCACGUAGGUGAUGGGAAGACCACUGCCAGAUUAGAGGUUAAAGCGCUGCCCGUGCUUUUCAAACACUGGCUGAAAAAUGAGGAGGUGGAGGAAGGGCGCACAGCCAUGCUGCACUGCGAGCUGACAAAACCCAACGCACCCGUGGAGUGGAGGAAAGGAGAUGCGGUGCUGCAGCCAAGUGACAAGCAUGAGAUCCGGCAAGAGGGAACACGUGUUGAGCUCUUCAUCUAUGAUGCUGAGGCUCAGGACGCCGGUGAUUAUACGUGCGACUCGGGGGAUCAGCAGACCACUGCAUCGCUCCAAGUCAAAGUACUACCCGUGCUGUUUAACGCAGAGCUGAAAAACGUAGAGUCUGAAGAAGGGGGAACAGCUGUCUUGCACUGUGAGAUCUCCAAGCCGGACGCCCCCGUUGAGUGGAGAAAAGGAGGGGUGGUCAUUCAGCCCAGUGACAAGUAUGAGAUGAAGCUGAAAGGCAGCGUUGCUGAGCUGAUCAUCCACGGCGUAGAGCCUGAUGACUGUGGGGAUUAUACCUGUAGCACUGGAUACGAGAUCACCACAGGUUCUGUGUAUGUGCAAGAAGAAGCAGCAGUCAUAGUUUCUGGUUUAAAGAACACAGACGUCUUUGUGGGCGAGUCAGCCACGUUCACCUGCGAGCUCUCGCACCCGGGCGUGAAGAACGUGCAGUGGUGGCUCGAUGGAUCUCCCCUUCACAACAACUUUGUGACUGAAAUCUCUGAGCAGGACGGGAUGAUCCACACUUUAACGCUAAAUGACGUGGCGUGCCAUGACUCAGGCACUGUCACCUUCAGAGCUGGGUCCCUUAUAUCUUCAGCUAAGUUACUAGUCAAAGAUCCAACCAUUGAAGUGGUCAGUCCCAUGCAGGAUAUAACUGUUGAUGAAGAUGGCACAGCAGAGUUCAUAUGCCAAUAUUCUAGGCCAGUACACGCCAUAUGGAAGAAAAAUGAUCAGGAAAUACAUGCAGAUGGGCAUCGAGUGAUUAUCAAUCAGGACUGGAAUGUAAGCAUGCUAAAAAUUAAACCUACGGUACCAGAAGACACUGGCAUCUAUUCUUGUGAAGCUGAAGGCACUAAAGUGAUGGCUGCACUUGAUGUCCAAGCCAAGAACAGCAUUGUCCAGGGCUUGGAGAACGUGGAAGCCGUGGAAGGAGGAGAAGCCCUGUUUGAAUGCUAUCUUUCCAAGCCUGAGUGCUGCAAUUACAACUGGCUGAUUGACGAUGAACCUGCCAAAACUACAGAAAACACUGAGAUGGUUUACUUUGAAAAUGGACGCAGGCAUCUUCUGCUGCUGAAGAACCUAACUCCCCGGGACAGCUGCAGGGUGACUUUUAUGUGCAGCGACGCAGUGACCUCAGCCUUCCUGACGGUGAAAGGAUGGCGCCUACAGAUCUUGCAGCCUCUCACAGAUGUGGAAGUCUCUCCGGGGGAGAAAGCUACAUUUAGCUGCGUUCUAAGUGAAGCUGUGCCAAUUGCUGAAGUUGCCUGGUAUAGUAAUGACAUAGAGAUCCAGUCGGAUGAGGACUGGGAGGUACAGGCAGAUGGAAACAAAUACAAACUUAUUCUGAAAAAAGCCCAACCGCAUCAUUCUGGAGAGGUGACCUUUGCUUCCAGGGAAGCAAUUACAUCAGCCAAGUUAUCAGUGAUAGCCCACCCCGAUCCACCUGAAGAACCAGAAGUUUUAAGUAAGAACAGCCACUCUGUAACUCUGUCUUGGUACAAGCCGUUGAGUGACGGCGGUUGUGACAUCCUAGGCUACAACGUUGAGAGGAAAAUCCCAGGUAUUGGCUGGCAGUCGUGCAGCAAGGGCAUUAUUCAAAACACAGAGUUUAUGGUGGACAAUCUCACUCCGGGUGAACCCUACAGAUUCCGCGUCUCGGCUAUAAACAAAGUUGGGGCCAGCGAGCCGGUGCACUUCCCUCAGAUGGUGCGGCUAGAGCCUCCAGUUACAGUCACUCAUCCUUUGGUGGGAGGAUCAGUCUCAGAAGGGGAGGUGGCACGCUUGGAGUGCAAAUUAUCAAGUGAAACCAAAGAGAGAGUGACAUGGUUCAAAGGAAAAGAACAAAUACAAGCUGGAGGGAGAUACGAGAUCCUUUCUGAUGGAAAAAAGCAGACGCUCGUUAUUCAUGCAUUUAAACCUGAAGAUCAGGACACAUAUACCUGCAUGGUUUCUCCAGAAGUCAAAUCUGUUGCCAGCUUGUGUCUUGAAGUUCCCACAGUGGCAAUGCUAAAAGAAAUUGCCAGGGAAGCACCCGCUGCAAGCCAACCAGAAGAGCUGGUGGAUGGCCACGUCCAGCCCAGCUUGCCCCCUGAGGCCGCUCAGGAGGGAGACCUUCACCUCCUGUGGGAAGCCCUGGCCAAGAAACGCCGGAUGAGCCGGGAGCCCACCUUGGAUUCCAUCAGUGAGGUGCCUGAAGAGGACGAGAAGCUUCAGAAGUUGAGGAAGGAGGAAGCGGAGAUGUCUCACUAUUACUCAGAGGAGUACUCCACGUGUGACGAGCUGGCUAGGACAGGAGAAGCAGAUUUCUCUUUCACAAGCUCAGAUGAUGAGUCGAGAGCUGGGACUCCUUCACUGGUGAACUACCUCAAGAAAGCUGGGAAGACAACUGUCAGUGUAACUAGCAAAGUUCAGUCCACCUCCACAGGCCAAUUAUGGAAACAGUGGGAGAAAUCCAGUGUGGAGGCAGUUGUGGCUGCCCCAGCUGCUAAGCCAGCUGAACCAGAAAUACCAGAUUUAGAUGAUCCUUCCAUGAACAAGGCCGCUGUGAAGAUCCAGGCUGCUUUCAAAGGCUACAAAGUCAGGAAAGAGAUGAAGCAACAAGAGUGCCCAGUGUUUACUGAGACCUUCAAAGAUUUCUCUGGUGAGCCUGGAAGCACUCUCCACCUUGAGUGUGUGGCACACAGCAAAACGGACAUGAAAGUCCGUUGGCUGAAAGACGGGGAAGAGCUUUCAGAUGGUCGCUACUAUCACAUAGACAAUUACAGUGAUGGGACCUGCUCUUUGAUUAUCGCUGGCCUGGAGAGGAAAGAUGCAGGUAAAUACACCUGUGAGGCAUCUAAUAAAUUUGGCAAGGUUUCACACAGUGUUAAGGUGGUUAUUGGCACUCAGGAACCUCAAGCUCUUUGUAAGGAGAAGCAGGAAAAACAAAGCACUGACAGUGAGACAGAGAGCUCAUCUGGCAGUGAGCUGGAUGAUGCUUUCCGUAAAGCAGGAAGGAGACUUCAUAGACUCUUCAGGGCCAAGAUCUCAACAGAGAUCUCUGAUGUGGAGGAAGAGCUCUUUGUCAGUGCAGAUGAAGGGGACAUAGAGGUGGUCGACCAUCAGACAUAUCGUGAGGAUGACCAGUACAUCUACAUCAAGUUUGAAAUCUUGUCUGAGGCAAAAACUGCUGCCACUCGAUUCAGAGAGAUGUUUGGUGCUCUGGGAAUUCCCGUGGAGAUUGACAUUUUGGAACAAGGCCCUAAAAAAAUUGAACUGCGUAUUGGGAAAGCGACACCACCCACCCCGGGGAAGUUUGCACUCCCAGUAGAGAGACCUCCACCACCUUUGCUGACUUCUGAUACAGCUCCUAUGUUCAUGACGGAGCUCCAAAACCAAGAGGUACAAGAUGGAUAUCCAGUCAGCUUUGACUGCAUUGUCGUUGGCAAACCGCUCCCCACGGUUCGCUGGUUCAAGGAUGGGAAAGCUAUUGAAGAAAAUGAUCAUUACAUGAUCAAUGAGGACCAGGAAGGGUGCCAUCAGCUGAUCAUCACAGCUGUGGUCCCCACUGACAUGGGUGUUUACCGUUGCCUCGCUGAAAACAACGUGGGAGUUGCUUCAACCAAGGCUGAGCUUCGAGUGGACUUGACCAGCACCGACUAUGAGACAGCAGCAGAUGCAACAGAGACAUCUUCUUACUACAGUGCCAAAGAAUAUAUUUCAAGCCGAGAACAGGAGGAAUCUACCACUGAGGAGGAGCAAUUGCCCCAGAUCUUCGAUGAGCUUCAUGAUAUUCAUGUGGCGCCUGGAGCAUCACUGGCUAAAUUUCACCUGAAGGUGAAAGGGUACCCGCAGCCUCGUCUCUAUUGGUUCAAAAACGGACAGCCGUUAAAGGCCUCGGAUCGCAUCCUGACGACUGAUAAACAGGAAUUCCACUUGCUGGAAAUUCGCGACGUCACUAAGGCAGAUGCUGGCCAGUACUCAAUAUUUGUCAUCAACUCUGCAGGUUCUGCAUAUUCAUCGGCUAGGCUGGUAGUCAAAGAUCCUGAUGAGAAAGAAGAGCCAUCAGAAACAGAUUCCCACGAGCAGCUGAUACCACCAAGGUUCCUAGAAAGAUUUACCAAUAAAAAGGUGAAAAAAGGUGCAAGCAUCACAUUAUCUGUAAAAGUUGAAGGACAUCCACCACCAACUAUUACUUGGCUGAAAGAAGAGCCUCGGGAAGAUCUCCUGUGGAUCAAACCAGACACUCCUGGGUAUAAACUUGCCAGUUCAAAUAUGCAUCACAGUCUAAUCCUGUUGGACGUUAAAAAGAAGUACAGUGGAGCUUAUACGUGCAUUGCUACCAACAAGGCUGGCCAGUCCAUCUGCACCGCCACCCUGGAAGUUGCAGAUGUGAAAGAGGCUGAAGUUCUGACCCAGGAGCGUGUGAUGGUGUCAGAAGCCAUCAUGACCACACUGGGAGCUAUUCAUCCCUCUGAAAUAAGAGAAGGAGACCUUGAAGCUGGUAGAGAAGGUGUACCCAAAAGCCCUGUUUCAUUAGCUGAUGUUGGCUCAGAAGAGUUCUUCCAGAAACUCACCUCACAUAUCUCAGAAAUGGUAUCUGCAAAAAUAAGUCAGGCUACCCUUCGAGUGCCAGGUGCAGAAAGUGAUGAUGAAUCAAAAACUCCCUCUGCAUCUCCUCGCCAUGGACGAUCCAGACCUUCAUCCAUUGCUCAGGAGUCCUCCUCUGAAUCUGAAGAUGGGGAUUCCAGAGGAGAGAUCUUUGACGUCUACAUGGUCACGGCUGACUAUGUGCCCGCUGCGCCUGACAGGGAGACCAUCACUUUGAAGGAAGGCCAAUAUGUGGAAGUCCUUGAUUCAGCUCAUCCUCUGAAAUGGCUGGUCAGGACUAAACCCACAAAAUCUAGCCCCUCUCGACAGGGUUGGGUAUCUCCAGCUUAUCUGGACAAGAAAUUAAAGUUGUCUCCAGAAUGGGGAACAACAGAAGCUCCCGAGUUCCCUGGAGAGUUUGUUUCUGAAGAUGAAUAUAAAAGGAAGCUAAGUGUUCUUAUUCAAGAGCUGUUGAUCUCAGAAGAGGAUUACGUUCAAGAUCUACAGUUUCUCCAGACUCAUCACCUUAAGUACACUGAGACCUGUCCCAAUGUCCCAGGAGCUGUCGCCAGCCAGAAAUCCACCAUCUUCAGAAAUAUUGAUGGCAUUGCUCGCUUCCAUUCCAGUGUCUUCCUCCGAGGCUUGCAGAAAUGUGACACUGAUGAUGAUGUGGCCAUGUGCUUUAUCAAGCAUGAAGCAGAGUUUAAUAAGUACAUCCAGUACCUGGUGGGGAGAGUACAGGCUGAGUCGAUUGUUGUCAGCAAAGCUGUCCAGGAUUUCUACAAGAGAUACACAGAUGAAAUCUUAACUAAUGAAGUUCCUUCACAACCACUUAUCCCACCACUGCAGCACUACCUGGAAAAACCCAUAAACAGGAUCCAGCAGUACCAGACUAUCAUCAAGGAAUUAAUCCGAAACAAAGCAAGAAAUAGCCAAAACUGCACUUUGCUGGAGCAGGCUUAUGCCGUGGUAUCUGCACUCACCCGAAGAGCAGAAAACAACCUCCAUGUCUCACUCAUUGAGAAUUAUCCAGGGACCUUGGAAAGCCUUGGCGAACCCAUCCGACAGGGCCACUUCAUCGUGUGGGAAGGAGCUCCAGGAGCCAGAAUGGCGUGGAAAGGACACAAAAGACAUGUCUUCCUCUUCAAAAAUUAUCUUGUGAUCUGCAAACCAAAGCGAGACACAAAGACGGACACCUACAGUUACAUCUUCAAGAACAUCAUGAAGCUGAACAACAUAGAUGUGAACGACCUUGUGGAAGGGGAUGACCGGGCGUUUGAGAUCUGGCACGAACGGGAAGACUUGGUCCGCAAGUACCUCCUUCAGGCACGUACAGUGAAUAUCAAGAACUCCUGGGUGAAGGAGAUCUGUGGCAUACAGCAGCGGAUCAGCGAGCCUGUCUGGAUACCUCCAGACUUUGAGGAAGAACUGGCAGAUUGUACAGCUGAGCUGGGAGAGACAGUCAAGCUGGCUUGCAAAGUUACGGGAGCUCCCAAGCCAUCCGUCAGCUGGUACAAAGAUGGAAAGCCUGUGGAGGUGGAUCCCCAUCACAUUAUAAUAGAAGAUCCCGACGGUUCCUGCACAUUGAUCUUGGACAACCUAACAGGUGUUGACUCAGGACAGUACAUGUGCUUUGCUUCCAGUCCUGCUGGAAAUGCCAGUACCUUAGGGAAGAUACUUGUUCAAGUGCCACCACGGUUUGUGAACAAAGUUAGAAAUGCUUAUUUUGUGGAGGGUGAAGAUGCUCAGUUUACCUGUACUAUCGAAGGAGCACCUAGGCCACAAAUCAGAUGGUACAAAGAUGGUCUACUGUUGAAAGACACAAGUAAAUACCAGACUUUCAGUGAACCACGGAGUGGCGUAAUAGUCCUGGUGGUCAAGAACCCUUCCAAUGAAGACAUGGGACACUAUGAAUGUGAGCUGGUGAACAGGUUAGGGUCUGCAAAAAGUGGAGCGGAACUUUACCAUCACAGUGCUGCAGCCCUGACCCAGGAGAGGAGAGGAGACCAAGCCAUUACCAUAGAAGUCACUGAACAAGAGACUAAAGUGCCCAAGAAAACCAUCAUCAUAGAGGAAACGAUAACCACUGUGGUGAAGAGCCCAAGACAAAGGGGAAGGGUUUCUCCUGCACGUUCUUCUUCAGGUCAUUCGCCUUCCCGCUCCCCAAGAGCGGAGCCAACUCCAGAGCCAGUUUAUGUUUCAAAGAUCAGGCAGCCUGUCCACAGACAUGAGCAGGAGGCAACACCGACGUCUGCUGUUCCCGUGCUUUAUGUCACAGAACCAGAGGACAGGCAAGGAGCAGCAGCUAGAGAUGCCGUCACAGAGACCAAGGUGGAAGAGAAAAAACCCAAAUGGGUUGAAGUGGAAGAAAUAAUUGAAUUUAAGGUGAAAAAAUCACCAAAACCUGCAAGGAAAAGAGGGUCUUCCCCAGCGAAACAAGAAAAAGAUGACUCAGGGGUGUUAACAUUCACUUUUCCCAGCUCAAGGCCUAGGCAUUCCCCAGAAGAUGAUCCAAACACAAACAACUCCAACAAUAAAUUGGUGGAACAGUCAAAAUCUUUGCCUAACGACAGUCUCUCUGAAGCUGAUAUCCAGCCCUUGGUGUAUGCAACAGAGCAGGAAGGACCUCAAGUCAGCAAUGAAGACAGAAGCUCUCCGUGUGGGUCCGAACAACUAGGAAAUAAUUCAUCUGUGGAUUGUGGAACCGAAGGAAAGAGCUUCCCACAGGAAACAAGUGCUCACUAUGGGUCAGAUGUCGCUUCCCCACUGCUUGCCUGCGGGGGUGAGCCUUUGAUCUUCAGUUUUGGGACAGCUGCUGCAGACCAGCACGAACUUCUGUUCUCACCAGCAAGUCCAGAGGUUAAGGAAGAGGUAGAUGAAUUAGACGUAUCUUGGCCUGUUGAAGAGGGGGUACCCGAAGUAAUGCAAGAUGUCCUUUCAGAAGAGGAUAAUGUCAUUAUAGUUGAUGAACCAGAGGAACUACAGGCAGAUGACAUUAGCACCCGGGACCGCAAAAUCUUAACCCACAAUGGCAAAGUAUUAACUUUGGAGGAUCUUGAAGAUUAUGUUCCUGAAGAAGGUGAGACCUACGGGUGUGAUGAUCAGAACCAUACGGCAGAGAAACCCUGUGAGAUCUCCGUGCUCCAGACAGAGAUUAACGAGCCAACGAUUGGGAAGCCAGUGUUGCUAAAUCUGGUGAGACCUGUGGUGUCCAAGCCCAGGCAAACAUUUUUCAGCCAGUUUGAGGAGCACGUUCCCGGGGGCAUGUUCAUGUCAGCAUCUAGAGUAACCGGUGUGCAGUCUGUAGGCCCCUCAAACAUCUCUUUCCACGUGAGUGAUACCUGCAUGGCAGCGAUGCCUGGACUGCAUGCAGCAACAGCAGCAGCUUCUCCUGGUCCCUCCUUCACAGUGAAACCAUCUUUCUGCACCGAAGUCCAGCUGUCAGCAGACAACGGACAGUCAAGCUUUAAAACUGAAGUUUCCACAAGAACCCUCAGCUAUGGGACUGUUGGCGAGCCUGUUACCUUGCACAUCAGCACAGAAGACCUCUCCCAAAAGACAGCUGCUGGAGAUGAAAGCACUCAGGAGCGGACUGUUCCUAUUACCAGAACAUCACCAGCUGCCGGGGCAGGAGACUGGUACAGAAGAGAAGGAGAUGUGGUCUGGGAUGUACACAGUGAAGUUUAUAUUGAGACCACGGAAAGAACUUGUGUGUAUAAGACUGAGGAGAAGACCCCAACAAGUCCUCCCUAUAUGCAAGUGACAAUAGAGGAUGUGCAGGUGAAUUCGGGCGAGCGUGCCAAAUUUCAGGCAGUCAUUGAAGGAACCCCUCAGCCUACUGUUUUGUGGUUUAAGGGCACUUCGUUGCUGACAGACAGCAACAGGCUCCGUCAAGGGAAGGAGGGAACAACAUAUUUCUUAGUCGUGGACAAUGCUGUCCCGGAAGAUGGUGGUGUUUAUACCUGUGUUGCCAAAAAUGCGGGCGGGGAGGUUUUGUGCAAAGCAGAGCUUAUCAUACACGAAGCUAAGAAAGACCAAGCAGCAAAGAAAGUGGCCACCAGGAGAAAGCUCCAUUCCCUUUAUGAGGUUAAGCAGGAGAUUGGAAGGGGCUGCUUCAGCUUUGUGAAACGAGUUGUACACAAAGGGAACAGAGUGUCUUGUGCUGCCAAAUUCAUACCUCUACGAAGCAAAACGAAGGCUCGAGCGCAUCAAGAGAGGGAUAUUCUUGCCUCUCUGUCCCAUGACAGAAUUACCAGGCUCCUGGAUCAGUUUGAAACGCGGAAAACACUGAUUUUGAUUCUGGAGUUAUGCUCCAGCGAAGAGCUCCUUGACCGUUUAUUCAAGAAGAGAGUCGUCACUGAGGCAGAGGUCAAAUUGUAUAUCAAGCAAAUUUUGGAAGGAAUCAAAUAUCUUCAUGACAACAACAUCCUUCAUUUGGACAUUAAGCCGCUGAAUAUCCUCAUGGUUUAUCCUGAAAGGGAAGACCUUAAGCUCUGUGACUUUGGAUUUGCUCAGAAGAUCACGCCCUUUGAGCCUCAGUUCAGCAAAUACGGGUCUCCGGAGUUUGUUGCCCCAGAAAUUGUUUCUCAGUCACCAGUGUCAAAAGCAACCGAUAUCUGGGCUGUUGGAGUCAUCACGUAUUUAAGCCUAACGUGCAAGUCUCCAUUUGCUGGGGAGAACGACAGAGGAACGCUUCUAAAUAUCCAGAACGGGGAAAUUUCAUGGACCACUCCUGAUUUUGUUCACUUGAGUGAAGAUGCAAAGGACUUUAUGAAAGGGAUCCUACAGCAGCACCCUGAAGCCAGGCCUAGUGCUUUGGAUUGUCUUUCCCACAAGUGGUUCAUGCAUAAUCUCCCCCUCGAAGCAGCUCAUUUCAUCAAUACCAAGCAGCUCAAAUUCAUUGUGACUCGGAGCAAGUGGCAGCGGUCUCUGAUGUGCUAUAAAUCCAUACUGGUAAUGCGAUCUAUCCCAGAAAUCCUAGAAAGGACUCACGACAACACCUCCCUGGCCAUCUCCCGACAUCUUAUUGAAGAAAGCACUUCAUCCAGUACCAGCGGCUCUUCUUCAGACAAUGAGAACUCGCAUUUCCCCAAGAAGGGGCACUUUGGCUCUACGCCCGAACUGCACUUGUCCAUAUUUGAUGCACCAAGCCAUCAGGAGCCUCCAAAACAUGCAAGUGAAGAGAAGCACUCCAAAACCUCAAUCCCUCCGGUAAAACCCAUGAGAAGGAAGUAUGCUUCAAUGAAAACUGAGGUGGGGGACAAAUCACCUACAGAAAGCAAAGAGCUCAUGGCAAGUAUCUUAAAGGAGAAAGAGGAGGGGCUCCCUCCCAGACUUCAAGCUGAAAAAGCAGAGCAGUCCCAAAGAAGCGGUGCUGCUGAGCCUUCAUCAGUGAGGACUUCCACAGAAAGCACAUCGCAUCUAUGUCAGAAAGAAAAAACAGACAUAUUUUCAUCUGAUAAGGACAGAAUUGAAAAGGCUGGGGAUGGGACAGAAAAGCCACCUGUCUGUGUUCCUAGACAGAGUGUCAUUAAAAGCACUUUCUACAGCCAGGCAGCUGAGCUACCCGCAAGGGGGCCUUCCUCACCAGGCAGGGAGUUCAGAAGGCACCUGGACAGAGCCAGAAGGACUUUCCGGAAAGCUGGAUAUUCAAAGGUGCCCCUCAGCGGUCUCCGUGAACCCCUUCUAGAGCAGUUUGAACUGGAAGAAGAAGAAGAAAGCAAGUCUGAUGAUGGAGAUGAUCACAGGGAGAGUCUGCUUGGUUCAUUGACCAAAUCAGCUUCGUUUGACACUGCAAGGAAACCACCACAUCCUGCCAUUGCUGGUGCUAGUCGAAGCCGUUCCCUGGAUGACUACAGGCUGAGAGCCUCAAGAUCAGUGAGGGAACAAGAUAUUUUGGAAGAAGACUGUGAUAUAUUGUCACAGGAAAGUUGCCCUGAAGGCAGUGACCACUGCGACAUUUCUGCGGGGCCUGGCAAGGGAUGUUCUGUAGACACUUCAAAGCAAGAGGACUUUAGGAGAGCCAGCAAGGAUUGUUCAGAAGAGCAGCCCCCUCCUUCCACACAAUGUGAGGGUAAUGGGUGCCCGGCUGUUUUUGUGCAACAGCUAGAGAGACUUCCAGCGUCACCUCAUGGGAGCGAGCAUGGGAAACGUUUACUGAAGAAGUCAAAAGCCACUUACAUUGAGGAGGAAGCUGAGGAUUUGGAAGGCAAAAGCCCCAUUCUAACUGCCCAGUGCCCAGAUGUAACCGCAUCAACAGCUCAAAAACAUGAAAGCAUGGAGGGUAAAUCUUCCCCUGGCAGUGCCUCUGACACUGCUUUUCAGGAGGGCAAACAGUCCAUUUCAACUCUCUCCCAGUCAGAGACCACCUCCAAGUCAGCCCCUACAAGUAAAGGGGGCAUGUGUCUGCCCCAGGAGUCUGCUCACAGUACUGACAUCCAUCCGGAUCUAAAAGGUGGAAGCUUGCUUAUCAAAAGGACAGCCCCAGUUCCACCUUGGAAAGACAAAAGGCAGAGACAUUCACAUGAGAAGACUUCUGCUCAUGGUGUUGCCGAACCUGAUUUCAUGGAGCGUGAAAGCUCUGCUGUUUUAACAGGCCCACAAACAGAAAUCGAUUCACUUCCAGUAUGUAAAGACAAAAGUCAGGAACUUCCUGGACAAAGUGUUCCAGCAACUACUGUCUUGGUGGGCAAACAGCCAGGUACCCUAACUGCUCUGCACACAGCUGAUGAAGGUGCUCAUCAGAAGCUGAAGACCUAUAAAGAGGUGAGAUCUGCUGUCCUGGAGGAUGAAGGACUGGGUAUUACAGGAAUCACUCCACCAUCAACUCAUGAUGGUGAAAGCCAAGCGCGCAAGAGGGCUCCUGUUCACGUCAACACAGCAUCUGCCAUCCGGAAGGGAGACCAUCUCGUUGUUCCAAAAGUCCCACCACCAAAAUCAAUGCCUACUUCAGCCUCCGAUGGAGCACGGCAGGCUGAAAGGGAACGGCCAGCUCAUAGCAAGGAGAGGCUUGCUGCUCUGAGGAGUGAAAGCUCAGCUGUCACAGAGAUUGUUCCCAGUUUGGCCCACGAAGCUGAAAUCGAGGGAGCUGAACCCCAGAAGGUUUCUGAAGGCAGUGGCACGGUGCCUGCUGUUCUGGAGAGCAGACACCCAGCUAGAACUGUGUCCUCCCAAAAUACUGGCCUCCCAUCGGUCUGUGAGAGUAAGAAGCAAGAACAUCCAAAGGCAUCACUUCACAGUGAGGUGAGAUCUGUUGUGACAGUAAGUGGAAGCCAAGCAACAGGACAGACUAUGCCUGCUCCUUUCCCCAAGGCUGGACAUCAGGUGCUUGAGCAGCACAGGGCUGCCUAUCCCAGUGGCAGAGUUUCUGCUGAUCUGGAGCAUGGGCCUCCAGGUGCCUUAACUGCUUCACAACCAGAAGUUGCUCCAGCUACAGUCUAUGAGCGAGAAUAUGAGGAACAUCGAAAGGUUUAUGGUGAGAGUAGAGGCGUUGCCUUAGAAAGUGGAAGCUGUGAUACUGGAAAAACUGUCCCACCGUUGCUCCACAGGGAUCAAAGUCAGGAGCUCUCACAUCACAGGUCUUCUUUCUACAGUGAUGAGGAGUCUGCUCUGCUGGAGGGCUUAGUGGAUGAGAUGGUUUCCCUCUCUGAAGAGAUGAAUGUUUGGGCAGAGUCAGUUUCCAGUGAGGAGGAACGCAGAAAGCACAUCUCUCCUCCCACAGAGAUGGUCUACAAAGGCCCAGGUAACCAAGCACCCAAGGACACCUCCUUCCCUUCUGUACAAAGGGGUAAAAGAGGAGAAGUCUCUGAGCUGGAUGACCUUGCAGAACCCUAUCUUGUUGUGAGUGAGGAGUCAGUGGUACUGGAAGGGAAGGGAGCACAGACGGUUCCUCAUGAAUGUGAGCAUCUGGAGGACUUAGCAUUUGAGAUCUGCGCUCCUAGCCAAGUGAGCGUUUCCUCAACAGAUACCUUGGACACUGGAAAAAGACCCAGUCAAGUGUCAGUGAGCAAGGACACUGGUAAACACCCAGAAGUUUCUUUAGUGAAAAUCAAAGACCUGUCAGACGAAACACCCAGUCUUGGCAGUGGAACUCCAAAACUUGACAUAUCAGAGGUAGAGCCUGCCUACUUGAAUUUCUCUGAUUUGUAUGACAUUGUCUAUUUUCCAUUUGAAUUUAUGAACUAUAGGAAGCCUCCACCCAAACCAACCGGUAGACGGUUUAUACCCUUUGGCGAAAGGGCAAGGUCACCUCCUGCAGGACAUUUGCACAAGGAUAAAAGACUGUGCAUCAGAGAAGAGGCAGAGGACAAGAACAGGAAGAACCAUUUGGAAAUAUCUGAGGAUUCAAAGGCAACUAACUUAUUAGCCAUGGGGAAAGGGUCAGAGAGUCAUAAAGGAAUGUAUGGCCCCCAAAAGGACUCAAGUGGUAAGCAGAAAAGCUCCUUCUACAACAAGCCAGGACUCUUUAAGCCAUAUGCAAGGUCUCAUUCAGUGGAGCAGUCAGUGGAGCAGAGUCUGAAGAAGAAAGUAAAAGCUUCUGUUGCCCAUAUUUCAAGAAUCCUAAAAGGAAAGACAUCUCCUGAGCCAGAGGCAGAGGAAGAGUUUGGUGAGCUGGGAAGUGAGGCAGUAGAAAAAGAGCUGUUAACAGGGGCUGAAGGAUCUCUGAAGAGGAAAUCGGCACUCUCUUCAUUCAAGUUCUCAAGCCUCAUGCCAAAGGAGAAAGCACCUUCAUUCGUUGAGGAGCUCAUCGAUCAGGCUGCUGCCGUCGGACAGUGCGUGACGCUGUCGUGCCGGACAGCGGCUCACUCUUCCCUGCACAUCGACUGGUUCAGAGAUGGGAUACCUGUCCACAGCAGCAGCCGGAUCCUCAUCUCAGCCACGCUCAAAAACUUCCAGCUGUUAACUAUUCUCUCUGUUGGUGCUGAUGAUUUUGGUAUUUACACCUGUGUGGCCACAAACUCCCUGGGCUCAGCAUCCACCUCUUGCAUCAUAAGAAAAGCAGAGGUUCCUCCCAGCCCUCCACCCCCUGACAUCGUGGAGGUCUACGAGGAUGGAGUGCAGGUGGCCUGGAAACCUGUGGAAACCAACACCCCCGUCCAUUACACCGUCCAGUGUAAGAGCGAAGAUGGGGAGUGGGUGACUCUUGCUUCUGACAUCGCUGACUGCUGCUACUAUGCCAGAAAUCUCUCCAAGGGGUUUAUCUACUGCUUCAGGAUAGCCUGCACCAGUAAAGCCGGAAUGGGCCCUUACAGCGACCCGUCUGCCAAAGUGGAAAUCACUGGGAAGGAUCAAAUAGAGCUUCGUGCUGCAAUGCAGAACUUCCCAUCAGCUGCUACGGAAGAAGAGAGCGAAAUAAUCGCACCAUCCGAGCCUUUCCCAACCUACCAGACCUACGCCUUCCAAACGGAGAUCAAAAGGGGGCGUUUCAGCAUCGUCCGACAGUGCAGGGAAAAAGUAAGCGGCAAGACUUUAGCUGCUAAAAUUAUCCCUUACUGGCAAGAGGACAAGCAGACUGUGCUCCUCGAGUACCAAGUCCUGAGGAAGCUUCACCACACAAACAUAGCUCAGCUGAAGGGAGCCUACGUCAGCCCACGGCACUUAGUGUUGAUCCAGGAGAUGUGCGUGGGACCAGAGCUACUCCACUCUUUGGCAUUACGGACAUCGUACUCAGAAGUGGAGGUCCGAGAUUACCUGUGGCAGAUCCUCAGUGCCAUUGACUAUCUCCACACACACAGCAUCCUGCACUUGGAUCUCAGAUCUGAAAACAUGAUCAUCACCGAGCCCAACCUGCUGAAACUCCUGGAUUUUGGCAAUGCACAGUUCUACACGCAAGACAAAGUUAUUACCAUGGACAAGUGCACGGACUAUGUUGAAACCAUGGCUCCAGAACUGCUGACAGAGCAAGGAGCCCUCCCGCAGACUGAUAUAUGGUCCAUCGGAAUCACAGCCUUCAUCAUGUUGAGUGCCAACUACCCCGUCAGCUCUGAUGUAGCCUGCGAGUUUCUGAGAACGACCAGGAAGGGGAAAGUGAAGCUCACGCGGUGCUACGCAGGUCUCUCCGGGGGAGCAGUGUCCUUUCUCCAGAGCACGCUGUGUGCAAAUCCCUGGGGAAGGCCGUCAGCCUCGGAGUGCCUUCAGAGCCCAUGGCUCCAGGAGACAGGUUUGGACAACAGGCAGCAAGCACUGGUUACCUUCCCUACCACCAAACUGAGGAAUUUCCUCACCGAACGGGAAAAGAAAAGGGGCCUGCUGUGCUCCAAGUAUGGCCUCAUGAUUGCACAGUGACGUGGAUGUAACGACAGACAUGAAUUGUCUCCCUCUCCCCUUCUGUACUUAGUGUUUGGUACCAAGGAGUCCUGCCAAGUUGCUGUGCAUCAGCUGAGCUGGGGUAACUGCUCUCCGUGAAUGCGAUUUAGCAUAAUUGAGCAAAUUAAUCCACAUUACGUGCAUUGCCACAAGGUAAGAACAGAAAUAUAGACCUAACAUGGCCCAGCUGACUAGCAGUAACUUGACAGUAUGUGUGUCACUUGGCUGCACGCUUCCUGGGAUAAGCAGGAGAGAUUUGCGUAGCCAUUUCUGAAUGGGACUAGCUACCAGCCCCAAGCAGCUUUGCAAAUCCUUCCCUGAGGUCAGAAAGACUCCAUGCGUGCAAAUGCUGGGCACUGACUUCUGCCCCUGGCCCCAGGACGUGAUAACCAGAUGUGCUUUCAGAUGUUAUCGCGCUGCUCAUCCCACAGUGACCACCGCAGCAAGGUCUGAGUGACUGGUGGGUUUCUCACCUGCUUCCAAUCCGAAAGAAUUCAAUGACCACUUAUGAUGAGAAAGUAGGGAAGAGUGAAGCACUUUUGGGGGGCUGAUGUUAGACAACAAUGUAUCUUCAGGCUUUGGAUGUAGAGAUCUAACUGGAUCAAGUCCUGAGCACACUUGGCCUGAGUCAAUAGCUGACCCCGCUUUGAGCAGAAGGUUGGUCUACAGACCUCCUGAGCUCCUUCCCAACCUGACUUGUCCUGUGAUCCCAUGUCUUUGCCAAGUGCCAGACACAAGGCUGGAGUGGUGGGACUCUGCUAGCAUCCAUCAGCAGCCAGGCUCAGCACGUCACUUACCUGGCCAAGUUCUCCACCAUCCCCAUGGGGCCUGACCUGAGAUUAAACACGGGGCUAGAGGAGAGCUCUUCUAGCUCUGGAGCAACAAGAGGCUGCAGAGGGAGGAGGUAUAUGUGUUACGUGUGUGAUAGUGGUACCACCAAGGAGAUUUUAACCAGGGCUUUUCAUGCUCUGUGAGGAAACUCACAAGAAACAAGAAGAUCCAGUCUCCUUGAAAGCAGCCUUGUAGCUCGACCCUGUAGCACGAGGUGUGUACAGGGAGGGCAACAGCAGUGGGGCUUUCCAGUAACUGAUAAGUUGCACAUCUUCCUCACCCCACUCCUGCAAGAGGCCAUAGCUUGCUUGGCUUUGAGAAGAGCUACUGUUCUUCCUGGGGCCCAAGCUGACACUCCAUAUGCUGCUCCACUUGGGUGGCCCAGCUCGUGAUCUCUUAGAGCCCAGCCUGCUGCUCAAUGAGCUGCGUGGCUCCAUGGAAGUUCACCAGCUCUCCACGGGCACCUGCGCUGUCGUGUGUGCAGAGCUGGCCGAGCUCCUCAAAGGUUUCAAGGUUUGAAAACACCACAAAACUUGUUUUUUGGAGCAUGUAUUUGAAGUCUCCCGUUAGACCUGAAUGACAGACUCACCCAUCACAUAGGAUCUUACAGUAACCCCUCACCUGCCUGACUGCAUCUGCAUCGAUUCUCUUAAAAAUGUGUUAAAAAACAAACA